UUUACCGCCUGUCUGCUCCUCCCACACUGACCUAAGUGUAUUUUUAUUGUUCUCUGGGGGGAAAAAUUCCUCCCGCGCCGACGAUUUCUAUGGUUCAACACCUCAGAAGACUACACAGCGAGCAGUGUCGAGUUACCACAGUUUACGCAGGGGUGUCUUCGCCCGAAGCAGCCAUGGUGGACGAGCAGCCUCCACAGCAGGCGUACCCGCUGCUCAACAGCCAGGCCCCCAAGGGGAACGCCGGCGCCAAAGACGACCUGCUCGCCAGAGGCCAGUGGGCGAGCAAGACCGAGUUCCUCCUGGCCGUGGCGGGCCAGAUCAUCGGCCUGGGCAACGUCUGGAGGUUCCCCUACCUCUGCUACAAAAACGGAGGAGGUGUGUUUUUUGUGCCGUACCUGCUGUUCCUGGUGCUGUGUGGAAUCCCCCUGUUCCUCCUGGAGAUGUCGCUGGGCCAGUACACCAGCCUGGGAGGGGUCAGCGCCUGGAGGACCAUCUGCCCUCUGUUUGGAGGCCUUGGCUACGCCAGCCAGGUGAUGAUCCUGCACGGCUGCGUCUACUACAUCGUCAUCCUGGCCUGGGCUCUCUUCUACCUGUCCUACAGCUUCCAGGCGGUGCUGCCCUGGUCCCACUGUAACAACACCUGGAACACCGAGGCAUGUGUCCUGUUCGACCACCACAACCAGACAGCCAACACGAGCAGCCUGCCUGUGAAUGCCACGUCCCCCGUCAUGGAGUUUUGGGAGCGGGAGGUGCUCCGCCUCUCGAGCAGUUUAGAUGAGUUGGGUCCGGUCAGCUGGAAGCUGGCUCUGUGUCUAGCCGUUGUCUGGAUCGUCUGUUACUUCUGCGUCUGGAAAGGAGUCAAGUCCACUGGAAAGGUGGUGUACCUGACUGCCACCUUCCCGUAUGUCAUGCUGUUUGUGCUGCUGGUGCGAGGUGCCACCCUGCCCGGAGCGACCCAGGGCAUCAUCUACUACCUCAAACCCAACCACACCCGACUGGCAGACCCCCAGGUGUGGAUGGAUGCAGGUACCCAGAUAUUUUUCUCUUACGGAAUCUGCUUGGGAAGCCUCACCGCUCUGGGCAGCUACAACAAAUACAACAAUGACUGCUACAAGGAUUCUUUCCUUCUGUGCCUCCUGAACAGCGGCACCAGCUUCCUGGCAGGAUUCGCCAUCUUCUCGGUGCUGGGCUUCAUGGCCGAGGAGCAGGGCGUGGACAUAGCCACAGUGGCCCAGUCAGGGCCCGGCCUCGCCUUCAUCGCCUACCCCCGAGCCGUAGCCAUGAUGCCUCUGCCGCAGCUCUGGGCCGUCUGCUUCUUCCUCAUGAUCAUCAUGCUGGGGCUGGACACGCAGUUCGUGAGCCUGGAGGCGCUGAUGACGUCGGUGACCGACCUGUACCCCCACCUGAUCAGACGGCGGCACCGCCGGGAGCUGCUGCUGCUGUCCGUCUGUGUCCUGUGCUUCCUGAUUGGGCUUGUAAUGGUGACACCAGGUGGUCUGUAUGUUUUCCAGAUCUAUGACCAUUUUUCCUGCAGUGGAGCCAGCCUGCUGCUCCUCUCCAUCUUCCAGGCUAUGGCCAUUGGCUGGGUGUAUGGAGCCGAGCGCUUCAGUGCCAACAUCAGGGACAUGAUCGGCUACAGCCCGCUGCCUUUCUUCAAACUGUGCUGGAAAUACUUGACCCCGGCCGUGUGCACUGCUACCUUUGUGUUCUCCCUGGUGCGCUGGUCUCCGUUGAGCCUGGGUAAAGGCCUCGUUGCUCCUGUCUGGGCCACCACACUGGGCUGGCUCCUCACCCUCUCUUCUGUCUCUCUGCUCCCCAUCUGGGCCAUUUAUGCCCUGCUCACCACUCCUGGAACCCUGCCACAGCGCUUCCAGCUCCUGUGCAGCCCUGCCAAAACCUCAUCACAGGCCUUUCACCACUUCCCCAACAACAGCCCGGCUCUCACAUACAGCCCUGAAAAGACUCUGGCGGAGAAACCAAAGAAGCCGAUCGCUUCAUCCAGGAUCGUAUAACUGAUAAUAAGCUGCUCCGCCGGUCAGGUGUGAGGGACGCGGUUAGAGCCGAUGCUGCUGGGGGCUGGAUCUCUCUUCGUUUUUAUUAACAGACUAAACAACCAUCAGGUCAAAGGAUUCUGUGCUGUGCUGCCUGAACUGAAAAGAUUAUUGUCAUGAACACAACUCAUAAUAAUAGAACGUAGGCUUUCAGGUCUUUGUGUAUUCAUAAAAUCAUGCAGCUACAGGGUUAAAACUAAAUCAAUCAACAUGAAUACAUUGCUUUUAACAAAUCAGUCUGCACUUGAGGUUCACCUAUUUUGUAGCUUUUACUCACAUUUUACUGUUUUUUAUUAGUAGUUGGUACCUAUUUGUUGUCACUCCUUAUCCUACCACAUGUUGACCACGUACGUGAAUAGGUGGACCUUUAGUUAGUCGCUAAAAGCACUGGAUCGUGUAGCUGUGAACUGGGAUGCAGCCUGCUACAAUCGAUGUCACCAGCCCCUGGGGUUGGCUUGUUUUACAGUAGAACAUUACUUUUCCUCCAUCUUAACCAUAUUACCUUUUUCCAAAGCUACUGUAUGUGGGGACCAUUUAACCACCAGUCGUCAUCUUGCUGAAUAACGUUUAGCUCCCUUCUUCGUAGGAGAUCUCUGCUUCCCGAUGCGAGAGAUGCAAUAGCCAACUAAAAAAAAUCACCUCUGCCAACACCUCAAGUGCUCAGUGUGAUGUCGUGGUUAAUACUUGACCUUUGACUGAAUGACUGAAAUUUGGACACAUCUGUAUUUGAGAAGUGGGCAGCGAAGUUUAAUGUUAAUUAUUUAAGUUUUGGUAGAUAAAAUGUCUGCAAAGGUCAGAGGCAUUAUUGGAGAGUUAGGGGGUCUUUGCACUGUGGCAGAGAUGACUUAAAAGCCUGCACAAGCUGAAACCACGGUGUCUCUGUCAGCUUUACGUUAAUACGACAUUACAGAGCUGCUGCUGUAAAGAUGAAACUGAAGUGUUUUUUUAUUUUAUUUUGUGAACCAAAUGUUUUUAUUUAAAUAGUUAAUAGUUAAUAACUGAAUGCAUUGUAGAGAUGAUAAAAUGAGGGAUGUUUUUUUUAAAUGAAGGUAAUGCUAUGUGAUUUUGCAGAAUCGUGGUUAAAUGUUUUUUUUUUUUUGUUCUUGCCUUCACUGAUAUCCUGAUGCAAAAAGACAUUAAGACAAGUUGGAGAUGCUGCAUGUCCUGCUCUGAAGGGCGUGUUGCUGUUGUUGUUAUUGUUGUUUGCCUUAAAGACAAACUAAAGAAGAGGAUUAUUCCCGCGAGCAGAGUUAGGUCCUCGUGAAAACUCUAAAUUAGCAUCAUUCGGAUCUGGAUCCAAGUCUCUGAUAAAGUCUUUUGAAAUGUUUUUACUUAUGAAUUGAUCUGAGCGUGCUAGUAUGUCUGUUUACAGGUGUAGAUGUGCCUCUUUAUUUUAAGAUGGAUUAAGAUUUUAAGGUUAAGAUUUUUGUAUCAUUAUCUUCUUUUCUAUACACACAUAUAUAUAUAUACACAAUGUUGAUAAAAGUGUUUGGUUUGA